AAAAAGCCGCGCGCCUGAUUCUCAUGACGAGAUGAACCACACAUACAUGCAGUAGCUCCUCCGCACUGACAGAAUCAGUCAGCCAACAUCAUUGGGACAUUCCGCACCGAAAGAGACUCAUAACUUCACCCAGGACAGGACACUAUUAGCUGCACCAUCCGAUAAGAGGUUGCGCUAGAGCGUAUCUGUGUUUGUUUUUUUUACUUAGUGAAACGCUUCCAGUGUCAAUUUUGACAUUUGGCAGCCUAUUUGAAUGCUGCAUGAGUUAAUUCCUCCAUUCAACCCUGGAUAUAACCGAUGAACUCACGAGAUGUAGAGUUGUCUACUGGCAGUGGCACCUGAGUGGCGGUAAAAAGGAGAUAACGUGACUUUCACGAUCCUCUCCAAGUCGGCUAAUUGUUUGACCAUACUGUCAGUGUAGACUUUGGUGGAACGGAGAGGAGUCCACAAACCGAGGAUUACCUGUUGGAUACUUUUACUAGUGCUGUCACAGGGAAAGGUGAAACGGCAUGGCUGUGGACGCGGCCUCCAGUUUCAGUUUCUGCCGGCCUGCUGUGGAAUACAGAGCGCUGCCGGAGGACUUCAACCACCUGAGUCGACGGACAGGAGGGAACCUGACUUGGCAUGACGGGCGGAGUCAGAAAACAGCAGGGGGCCGGACAGUGAAGCUGCUCCAACAGCCUGGGACAGAGAAAUAUCAGCGCCGUUCAGGCGACUCCUAUGGAAUCUACCACACCAGCCCCACCCAGCCUAGUCUGAUCCAGCCUGUGGUGUUAUGGACUCAGCAGGACGUCUGCAGGUGGUUGAAGAAACACUGUCCUCACAACUACCUGACCUACGUAGAGGCCUUCUCUCAUCACGCCAUCACAGGCCGUGCUCUGUUGCGUCUGAAUGGAGAGAAGCUGGAGAGGAUGGGCUUGGUGCAAGAGACACUGAGGCAGGAGCUCCUACAGCAGGUGCUUCAACUGCAUAUGCAAGAGGAGGGACGAAACCUGCAGCUCCUUAGCAGAGGUGGCUCCUUUGGAAAUCUAUCGUAACAUAACAUUCCAUUUCUGACUGGGUUGUUUACAGUGAAAACUGGAAAGAUUAUAGAGCACUUCAACCAUGUACAAGCUGGGAGUCUGUACACCAUUCAGAAACUAGGACUGUAAUGUGAACCACAUGGAAACUAUUAACUCCGAUGAGGACACAUGAGAUGAUCACAUGCCAUAUCCAACUCAGACAGAACCGGGGGAGAUGGAACACUCCCAAAUAUACAUACAGUACUGUGAUCAAUAGAGCACAGCCCCGACUUUGAAAAGUUGGAUAUUGGUUUUCCAACUAAAGGGACAGACAGACCAUACAGUUCUAUCUGUGAUUUGAAAUGAAAGGAUGUUAUUAAAGGCUUCAUGUCAGAUUGG